UAUGCCUCUGAAAGUGCUGAUUCUUGGUGGAGGAAAUGGUGCCCACGUGCUCGCAGGUAUCGCUGCCAGCAACCCUGAAAAUGAGGUUCGUGUUAUGAGCUUAUUCCAAGACGAGGCUGAACGCUGGAGUAAAGCUCUUGAAAGCUCAGACCUCGUGAUCGACUACACGGACAAGGAUGGAAAAGAAAAGCAGUUUGUUUCAAAACCUGGCUUGAUUACCAACGACCCCAAAGUAGCUGUUCCAGGAAGUGACAUCAUCGUGUUUGUUGUUCCUGCGUUUGCACAUGCGCAGUACUGGGAAGCAUUGAAGCCUCAUAUGGAGCCAGGCAUGGUUGCCAUAGGAAUGCCUGGUGCAGCUGGCUGGGAGUUCCAAGCUUAUAAUAUUUUGGGGGACAAAGCCAAGGGGAUAACAUUGUUCAACUUCAACACUCUUCCAUGGAACUGUCGUAUCAAGGAGUAUGGGAAGAGAGUUGGCAUCGUUGGCUUCAAGGAUAAUUUCGUUGGUGCCAUCAGGAAAGGCAGUAUGGAACCAAAGGUUGACCCAUUGAAAGCCAUCCAGCAAUCUCUUGGCCCCCGCCCAGUAUGCACAGCCUACGGUGACCUUCUAGGAAUGACCUUAACCCACACCAAUGCUAUUAUUCAUUCUGCUAUCAUGUAUGGGAGAUGGCAUGACUGGGACGGUAAGCCUGUGAGAGAGGCCCCCCUCUUCUACCAGGGCAUGGACCAAGCGUCCGCGGACCUGCUCUCGAGGGUCAGUGGUGAGAUUGUAGCCAUUGCCACGGCCAUCUCCGCCAAGAAUGCUGAUAUCGACUUGUCCAAUGUCAAACAUAUCUCUGAUAUCAUGUUAGAGUUCUACCCCGAAGACAUCAAAGACAAGAGCUCACUCCUACGGAUGAUGCAGAGCAACAAAGCGUUCGAAGGCUUGCGUCACCCCGUCAUCAACAAUGAUGGUGGCGGUGUGAGUCCCGACUUCACGUCCCGUUACAUUUGGGAGGACGUUCCAUUUGGCCUGGUUGUACACCGGGGUAUCGCUGAAAUCGUCGGCGUUCAUACCCCGAAUAUCGACAAACUCAUCAUAUGGGGCCAGGGCUUAAUGGGUAAAGAGUUCUUAGUCGAUGGUAAAAUCAAAGGGAAGGAUAUUGGAAUGACGCGAGCUCCACAGAGGUACUUGUUCAAGUCACGACUGUAGACGCCAUAUUGGGCGCAGCUUGAGGUUUUACAAUCUGGCACAAUCUGAUACACACGCGUUUAUGGUACAAAUUAAUACCUAGUGCAGGCAUUCCUUUGUUUUCGUGUUAAGAAUAGUUAAUAAAGAUUAACAAAAUAUUAUUCGAUUGUUCAAAAUACAAAAUGUGUCAAUCA